CACCCAUAAGAAAAAAUGACUGAUUGGCUAUGGAAAGUAGUAACUUUAGUGCUCUUUCUGGUUGGUUAUGGUUAUGUUCUAAGGAAGAAAACCAAAGAGAAGAAGAAUAAGAAUCUUCCUCCUGGCCCAAAAGGAUAUCCUCUACUUGGAAGCUUGAACCUAUUAGGCAAAAACCCUCAUCGAGAUUUGCAAAAAUUGUCCCAAAAAUAUGGUCCAAUCAUGCAUAUCAAACUUGGUAUAAUUCCCACCAUUGUUGUCUCCUCUCCUAAGGCUGCUGAGCUUUUUCUCAAGAUUCAUGAUCUUGUUUUCGCCUCUAGACCACCUCAUGAGGCCUUCAAGCACAUUUCUUGGGAGCAAAGGAACUUGUCAUUUGCUCCAUAUGGCUCUUAUUGGCGCGACAUGAGAAAAAUGUGCACACUCGAGCUUCUGAGUAGUCUCAAGAUCAACUCUUUUAGAGAUAUGAGGAGAAAAGAGAUCGGCCUUUUAAUUGAGUUCGCAAAAAAUGCUGCUUCUGAUCGUACUGCGGUCGAUCUUAGCGCCAAGAUCACAACCACCAAUGCCAACAUGAGUUGUGAGAUGGUGUUGGGGAAGAAGUACUCUGAUGAUGAGUUUGAUCAAAGAUGUUUCAAGGAAAUUGUCCAAGAGGGUAUGCACUUGGCAGCCACUCCUAACUUGGGAGAUUACAUUCCUUUCCUUGCUCCACUUGAUUUGCAGGGCUUGACAAAGUGCAUGAAGGCUAUUAGAAAGGUGUUUGAUGACUUCUUGGAUAGGAUCAUUGAUGAGCAUAUUCAAUCCAAAGAUAAAGAUGAUCAUGAAGCCAAGGAUUUUGUUGAUGUCAUGUUGAAAAUUAUGGGGUCUGAACAGUCUGAAUACAACAUUGAACGACCGAAUAUUAAAGCUAUAAUUCUGGACAUGCUUGUAGCCUCUCUGGAUACAUCAUCAACAACAAUAGAAUGGACAAUGUCAGAACACAUCAAGCACCCAACAACAAUGAAAAAACUCCAAGAAGAGCUCAAAAUCAUGGUGGGCAUGGAAAGAAUGGUGGAAGAAUCAGACUUAGAAAAGUUGCCCUACUUAGAAAAGAUGAGAAUGUUACCUCAAACUUGAAUUAAACCCCCUUUAAUGAUUGUAACAUAAUCCUAAUCUCACAAGCCCUGAUUCUCCAAGAUGAAUCUUCAAGCUAAGCUUCAAUAUUCAAGCCUAGAAGAAGGAGAAGAGAUGACCGAGAGAGAUAGGAAAAGAGCCCUGUUUUUGCUGUCUAAUUCCUUCUACAGCCAUCCACUUAAAUCAUUCCUAUGGUCAAAAGACUAAAAUUCCCCUAAGCCCAAUUAAAACCUAUACAGCCACCCAAGGUCAAAACAAUAAUUACUCACUUAACCAGCUGUUGAACGGAAAAAAAAAAAGCAGCAACAAAUUAUUAUUAUUAAUAUAUAAAUAUUUCCUUUAUAAA